UGGAGGAGAACGACAGGAGGACUAAUAAAGGCUGGCAGACACCAAGGUGAAGUUUCCAUUUACAGUCUGGACAUACAAAGAAAGAAUCUCCUCCAGAUUAUAUUUUAAGUCCUGAGGAAAAGCUGGACCCUGAGGACCAUGUCUCUGCCCACUGCCUUUCUCUCUGAAGACCAGUUCACCUGCUCCAUUUGUCUGGAAAUAUUCACCAAUCCAGUCUCAACACCAUGUGGACACAGUUUCUGCCAGUCCUGCCUGACGUCCUACUGGAACAGUGGAGGGAGAGGGCGUGGCGCCAAGACUUACCAGUGCCCGAUGUGCAAAGACUCCUUCAACAAGCGGCCAGAGCUCCACAUUAACCGAACCUUAAAGGAAAUCACAGAACACUUCAAGCAGAUGACCGGCGGAGGGGAACAUCCCAGCUUGGCUGGCCAGCAUCCAGCCAUGUCUCCACCAGUAAGACCAGGGGAGAUGCCAGAGGUCCUGCUUGCAGAAAUGGUGGCCCGUUUUCAGGGGUUGACAUCUCCUGGGACGCCCCAUCAGCGCUUCCCUCAGCCUUUACAGGCCUCCCAGACACAGGACAGCCAUGACCCACCGCCUCCUUACUCUCCUCCUCUCAGCUACAGUGGGGGCUCGUUCUCUGACUUCCCCUCCAACAUGCCGCUGUGUCCCGUCCACCUGAGAGGCCUGGACAUGUUCUGCCGUACGGACAACGUGUGUGUGUGCAGUGUGUGUGCAGAGACAGCAGAACACCGAGGACACAGCGUCAUCCCUGCUCAGAGAGAGUGGAACAUUAAGAAGUCACAGCUGGGGAUCCAUGAGGUGGAGUUAAAGGAGCUCAUCUCUGAGAGAGAAAGGAAAGUGGAAGAAAUCCACAAGUCUGUUCGGGAAAUGAAGGCUGCUGCAGAGCUGGAGACAGAUGGAGUCGUUUGUGCUUUGACCAAGCUGAUCUCCACAGUGGAGCACUGCCAGUCUAAAAUCUUGGAGACGAUAGAGACGGCUGUUCAGAUAGCAGAGAGCAGAGCUCAGAGUUUGCUGACAGAGCUGGAGGAGGAGAUAGCUGCACUGAGGAAGAGGAGCUCCACACUGAGCCAGCUGGCUGCGUCUGAAGACUAUGUGCAUUUUUUCAAGACAUUCCCUGCCGUGUCCACACCCCCGCAGGCUAAGGACUGGUCCAAUGUCUCAUUGCCAUCUCAGACGACCUCUGAAGGGAUUCUCAGGACUGUCAAUCAAACGGUGGAAUGCCUCCAGCUGGAGAUCCAAAAACUACCUCAGCUCUGCCAGCAGUCGUCAUCAGCUUCGCCCGUCCCUCGGCCCAGCCUAAAAGUAAGAAGAGUUCAGGAAUAUGCAGAGGAAAUCACUCUGGACCCCAGUACAGCUCAUCCUCGCCUCAUCAUCUCCCCUGAUGGAAAGCAGGUGCAAUGUGGCGAGCGUUACCAGCUGGUCCUAGACCACCCACAGCGUUUUGACCGGGUAGUGUGUGUGAUGGCCCAUCAGGGAUUCACAUCAGGACGCCAUUACUGGGAGGUGGAUGUCGGUAAUAAAACUGACUGGGACCUGGGAGUAGCAAGUCGGUCUGUCAUUCGAAAGGGGAAAAUCUCAGUGAGCCCGGCCCAUGGCUACUGGUUCCUCAGCCUGCGGGAUCAGACAGACUACGCCUUCAGAACGGAUCCCUCCACCCCCCUGACGGUGUCUGUCAGACCCUCACGAGUUGGAAUCUAUAUAGACUAUGAUAAAGGACUGCUGUCCUUCUACAACGUGGAGGCCAAGCUGCUCAUCUAUUCCUUUAUAGAUAGUUUUCCUGACACCAUCCAUCCAUUCUUCAGUCCCUGCACCAAUAAGUCAGGAAGGAAUGGGGCCCCAUUGGUCAUCUGCCCUGUUUCAAUGGCUCAAUAAAAUCAAAGUAUUUGUUUGACCAACAUUAAAUGGCAGUUAUGUUAUUAAUUUUUCUGUGGGAGGGAUCUGAAUUUUAGUGCAUGCUUAUAGUGAAUGCUUAAGAACAAAAUUAAUUACUUAAAUAUUCAUUUUAUUAAAUGUGAGAAUUUAAAAAAUAAUUUAAGUCUCUCUGUUCAAGUAUGUAAAGAUUAAAAACUUCCUGGCAGCUGCACAGUGAUGUUAUCUAAUGGAAGUAAAGCUGUGAAGGCUACACCACUGAUAAAAUUUCAGGAUUCCAUGUAAAUCAAAUUACACCAUGAAUAGUCUUUUAAAAACUAUUUCUGAAAAUGAUAUAUUUCUCAAUUAAAUUAUAAACAAGCUAUGUUAGAAGGAAAAUGUACCAGCUUUUGUGUGCACCUCUAUAGACGAAUAAUAUUUCCAACAUGUGGAAAAUGUUUGAUUUCUCUGUCUUGAAAAUGUACCAUAUUGGUUUUCCCAUUUUUACUUUUAUUCACUUGACUACAUCUCUGAAUCCAUCUGAGGAGAGCCACACCAGAGCAUAAUGGGUUCAGUCUGUAUGGGGCAGCGUUGUUUUCAGCUUGUAGAAAUGUGGCAUGAUGUUAAAGUUGGGUUUGAUCAGACAACACAAGAUACAUUUAAACAAAGACUGUAAUUUUCAUAUGAAUGCAUGGCCUUUUUUUGUUAUACAUGUACAAAACAUUGACAACUGUCUCAAAGUGAAAGGAUGUGGAUACAUUUUACAACUUAUGGGUAACACUGAAAUGUCAUCAGAUGGAAUAAUACGCUGAAUAAAG